AUGACUAUUCUCGCCCCAACAGGACUCGCCCUGGCCCUCGGCCUUGCUGUCCAGUCCACACUCGCGGUAUCCGUCUCCCUCCAUGGAACACGCACACAAGAGCUUGUUCGUCCAAGAUGCAUCGUUCACUACCGUGUCGCUCCGGGUGAAGACUGCGUACAUAUCCUGGAGAAACAUCCGUAUUCAUUCACUUUGGAUCAGCUCUACACAUGGAAUCCCGAGAUCAACGACUCAUGCACAAACUUGCAGGUGGGAGAUGUGAUUUGUAUCCAGAGGACGAGGUGUGAAGAGUGUCCUACGCCGAAGCCUACUGCUUCGGGAUCUUGA